UGAAGGUGACAUAUACCUGCACAAAUACAGAUAUCGGCCCAACUAUGAACUCCAUACAUGAAGAAUUAGCAAAAAUGGAUAGAUGGUGUGACACGUGGAGACUUGAGUUUAAUGUUGAAAAGUGUGGAUGGCUCUGCAUAGGCUGUUCCAACCUUGACCUCAACCUAGCAAUUCAGGGCCACAAAAUCCCCAGACUCAAAUCUGUACUAGACCUAGGACUGAAAUAUUCACACAAUCUAUCAUUUUCAGAGCAUAUCUCGAAUCAAGUGUCGAAAUCACGAAGGCUUAUUGGUUUCCUACUCAGGAACUUCUACAGAAACGAGUCCAGAAUACUACUGUACAAGGUAUGUGUGCGCCCACUCCUAGAUUACUGCUCAUUCAUAUUCAGCAGUACACGCAUAGAAGACAAACUGAAAGUAGAAGGAGUACAGAGGUACUUCACGCGAAAAGUACUCGGAACCGAUAACGGCACAAACUACUCUACCAGAUGUGAAAUCCUGGGACUAGAAACAUUAUGGUUAAGGCGACUGCGACUAAAUCUGUUACUCUUCUAUAAGCUUCUUAACCAAAUAGUGUAUACCCCUGCUAACUAUACUCGGUCCUCAGGUAACACAGGAUACAACCUUAGGCACACUAAAGGUACAGUGGCUAUAGAACCAUGUAAAACAGCCACCAGGCAAAAGUUUUUCUUGAUUAGGUAUGCCCAAAUAUGGAACAAACUACCUGAGAAAAUACGACUAGCAAGCACAUUGGCCUCCUUUGAAAAGGCACUUAAUGACACACUAAGUGAGUUUGUAAUUGAUACCAAUGGUAAUUCCCAUGUAAGAGUUUCAGAAAUCAUAGGCCCAUUUAAUGUAUGAACUCAGAGACUACACCUGUUGUUUGUUUUGUCUCUAUUUAUAAUUCCAGACAAAAAAGCAGCAGUCAUGACAAUAACACCCAUUCAACCAAGAGUCGUUCAAACUAUGUCUACCUGAUACAAAGGGCGAACCAUAAUCAACAUACGAAUGAAAUAUGAGAAAACAAGGUAGAAACUUACCGCAACACCACAUGAAAAGAUAAAAGUUACUUGGAUAUCAUAUAUAAUCCACCAACUGGUCUCCUACCCAAAAAGAAUGCGGCGAUGUUUUAUCCAAAAAGGCGAGGAAAUACAUAAACCCACAGCAGCUGUUGUUAACACUCAGUGGGGGUAGGAGCCAACAAAGUAAUCCUUUCAAAGCACAUGUAUACUUCAAAUGGGCACGGAGACUUUGUAGAAUACGUCAUAAUCCAAAUCACUGCCUCUACAGCGCAAAUAAACCUGGAUAUCUAUGAUAUAACGAAGACAUGCUGAAAGCUGCAUCUCAGAUCAAGUUGACUCAUUCCAUGGUAAUGAUCUCCUCCUGCGUGCCUUAUUCGACAUAUUGAAUGGAAUGGUUCGCAGUUAUUCUGGUACUAGAUCGAAAAGAAUAAAAAAUUCACCGGUUGCUGAAUCAAAAAUUAAUUCCAAACCAUUUAUCCCAUAAUCACUCAAAUUCCAGGAACGAUCCAAUUCUACCAUUUAAA